ACCCGGAUAAGUCAUGGAAGGAGGCCAACUACGGUUUGCCAUUAGUCUCGAUUCUAGCGACCUAGAAUCCUUCAGGCCAUCUAUAUCCGACCAGGCUCGAUGCGGCUUUUUCGGUCAAGAUGUAGCCUCGCAGACGGAGCAGUCGGAAAUCGUUUAUUUGAAAGAAGUGUCUACAUCCGUGCAAAUGCUGAUGAAUAAUCUGGCUGUUGUCAAACGAGAUUUAAACUUUGCUAAGCAUGUCUUACGAGCGGACUACGAAGCAAAGAUGGAUGCAAGAGCUGGAGAACUAUAUGUUAGACUGAAUGAGCGCUUGACAGAAGUGGAGGCAAAGCACAAAGCAAAAGUGGACAUUGUAAGGAAGAGCUAUCGUACACAGCUGGCUGAUGCUGUAGCAAGAAUCUCUGGUGAAUACAAGACAUACUAUGAAGGGAUAAUGCAAGGCAAGUUUGGUCGUCAUGAUGGCAAGCUGAAGGAUGUACAAGCAAAAAAUGAGGAGCUGCAGAAUUCCUUACAACAGAAUGAGUCUGUCAUACAGAUGCUGCAAAUGCAGCUACAUCAGGCGCAGACAGAGCGAGAAACAUUAGAAGAAAACGAGGGUUUUGAAGUGCCAAGUGCUACUCUUGAUGGUGGCAUUUCACUUGAGGAAUUUGAGGAAGUGCAAGAGAAGUUAGAAAGUGCAGAGAACAAAGUGGACGAGCUUCAUUCAGAACUGUUAACCAAAGACUCAACUGUUCGACAGCUUACUACAAAGGUAAAUCAAUUGUCGGAAGAGCUGAAGGAAGGACAGGCACGUGUUGCAGAGCUGCAACGGGAUCUUGAUUCAGAGAAACAGAAAGCACGUGCAGCUGCUGGUCGAGCUACAGAAGCGGCUUCUCGUCAAAUAGCAGACUUGGAAGCGAAGAUGAAAUCAAACAUUGAGAAAGCAAAGAAAUCUGCAUAUGAGCAAGCUGUCAAGGAAGCUGAAGAGCAGCGUAACAAAAAGGCAGGGCAGUUUGAAAGUGAAUUGGCAAGAAGGCAGGCAAUAGAAGAGCAACUAAAAAAGGAACAAGAAAGAUUGCAAGGUGAUGGUGCUGUUGCUGCUCUGAAGCAGUUACAAAAAAUUGAAAAAGAACAGAAGGCAGAGAUUGCAAGAUUAAAGUGUGAGCUGGACAGGCAGGAAAAAACGUGGCAGAUAAAGUUUGCUGUGUUGCAGAGAACUUUACAUGCUGUGAAAGACGAAAGCUACAUACGUGCUAGUCUACAUCGACAAUCAACAAGAUUGCACCAUGCAACUGUGGCAUAUGCUCGGGACAUACCUCAAGGAGUUGUCACCAGAGGCAGAAAUCCAGGGAUGAAGGCAGUCCUGCCAUGCAUUGAUCCUAAACCAUCAGCAAACAACAUUCCUGAAUGCAGAGAUGAUGUUGGCUAUACUGAAGGUCAGAUUGAAGAUGCUGGACAUCGUACAGAUAGUCGAUCUUCAUUACAACAAGGAAGCUCAACUAGAUGUGCAGAUGAAGCAGAGCAUCAAGAGUUAAUACCACGUUCUGUAUCACAAGGUCACGUCAUUGUUGUACCAUCUGUUGGAAUAUCUUAGAGAGAGAAAACAAAAUUUCUAUUUAUUGAAAGAGUUAAGCUAGAUUGAAUCGAAGUCUUCUGCGCUUGCAACUACGUGAUCGUAGAAGAGUCCAACCAAUAAACACAAGAGCUGCCAUUGAGAUAAAAUACAGAAACACAGAAAAUUUCCAAUCCAUUCCAUAGAAAAGCGGUGUGUGGAUGUCUGCUUCUAUCUGAUUCUUGUAGCUGUGUAUUCUUGGCUUUAUUCGUAUUCCGUGUGUGACAACAGGUCGA